AUGGCGCGCUUUCUUUGCUUUGCUGCUAUAUUAGUCCUAGGCAUAUUAGGAGGCUUAGCUGCAAAUAUUGUUUACAAGCUAGGUGUGUUUUCUAAUCCAAUAGAAACAUAAGGCUACAGUUGUAAACUCUUAGAGAAGUAAGGAGUGCACACAAAAGGCCCUGAAGAUAUUCUAAUUUACAAUUCGACUUACCUCAUAACAACUUCUAAUGAUAAUUUUUAAAUGUGGGAAGUAGGAUAAUAUACUGAUGCCUUAGAUGGAGCAAUCAAUUUAGUUAAAAACUAUAAAACAAAUCCUGAAAUAGUUAGUUUAAAAAUUUUGAACUUCCCUAAAUCUGUCAGAUUCCACCCUCAUGGAGCUUACAUACGCAAAUAAGAUGAUACUCUAUUUGUUGUUAACCAUUCUUAUAGCUCAGGAAAUGGAGAUAGAGUUGAAGUAUUUGCAUUAAAUAUAGAAGAAAAAACACUAAUAUAUAAGAAUUCUAUUUAGCUUCCCUCAUACUUUACAGGAGUAGCAAACAAUCUUGUUGUAACUUCUAAAGGCACUAUGUAUAUAACAAAAUAUAUAGCAACUGAAGAUCCUUUGUCAGGAAGAUAAAACAAACCUUUCUUAUUAUAGUUAGAGUAUAUCUAUCAUGUAUUGUUUUUAGUCCACAAGACUAAUGCCUACAAAUGCACAUUUGAAGAAAAUUGGACAUCUAAAAAUCCUUUAUCCACUAACUGUGUCGCAUAGCUAUAAACUAAUUCUAUCAUGGCAAAUGGAAUCACAUGGGAUGGAAAAGAUACACUUUAUUUGGCAGAUACCACAAAUAAAUUUGUUAAACGUUAUAAAAUUACUGAUAACCAAUUGGAAUAAACUGGUUAGGUAAUGCUAUCUUUUGCUGGAGAUAAUAUAGAAUACGAUCCAGAAACUGGCUACUUAUAUUCAGCAGGACCUACAAAACCAAUUAACCACAUAACUUAUGCUGAAAAAGGCAAAAAAGCAGGAAAAGAAGUGUAUGGAGCAGAUGAAUUUUGGUGUGGAGUCGGUUACGUUGAUACAAAAACAUUUACUUUUAAGGAAGUAGCUCAACUUAAAUCUAGUGUUAUUGGAUGCUCUUCAGCUUAUGUUUCAAAUAAUAAACUUAUUAUAGGUUCUUGGACAGAAAAAGCAUUGGUAGAAUGUAACAAAUAAUGA